AUGCUGGGAGCUGGCUCUGUGGUCAUGUUCCUUGCUAUGGCAGUCACUGCCGCCAUUUCUUUGCCAGAGAGCUCUUCAACUGUCCCACCAAGAAGCCACACUCGGGUGAAGAGAUGUUCAUGCAAUAACUGGAUGGACAAGGAGUGUAUAUAUUUUUGUCACCUGGAUAUAAUCUGGGUGAACACUGGAAGCCAAAUGCUACCUUACGGUCUAGGGAGCCCAGGAAGGCGGAAGAAGCGAGAUUCUAUACGGUGUCAAUGCAAGGAUGUAAAGGACAAAACCUGCAACAGUUUCUGCCAGAGUACAGCUUGGGCAACUGCUGAUAGUAAACCAGGAUCAAGUCGGGAAAGAAUUCCAGUAAGCAACUUCCAAAACAAUAAGAUGUCUCAGGUCCGUCUUUUGCAUGUUUUCCGAGACAUUGCUGCAUACAACACACAUGCUGCAUACGCGAGAAGACACUUCUCAGUCACGGCCUCUAAGCUGCCUUCAGACUCUAACAUUUGGAAAAGAAAACGAUAAUAAAAUGAGAGACAUUGAAAACUAGAAGAAACAUAGAGAAAGGGGAGCCUUGUUUGGUUUGCCUAGCUAUAGCGGCGUCUCUACCACUCAGGAAGUCUUCAUCCAGAAGACCAACUCCGGCUGUUCAGCCAUUUGGGAAGAGCAGAUCAAAGGUUUCCAGUGAUAAGGAAAGCAAUUUAAACCUAAAGAGUGACGUUCUGCUAAAGGAUUGCAUAUAUACAUAUAUAUAUACUAAAAGGAGAAAAGAAGACUUUAAGAACUUUUAAGCUCCUAACUGAAUGGAGCCUUUAGGCUUAUCAUUGGCCAAAUACAGAAGCGAGGGCGAGAAGAAGGCGUUAUUGAGUAUUAAUGAGCCUACAGUAUGCAACCAUCCCCCACCCCUGAAACUAUGGUAGCAUAAUUGUCUGUGUCCAUUGGGACAGGUAAACAAUAGAGUGUGAAGUCAGUAUCAAAGUUGGAAUAUAUUUUGUAACCGAUAACUGACUGACUCGAUACAACUUUACUAUGCUACUGCUUCUUGUAUGUUUAGAAUUUUCAUAUUUUACCUGUUAUUAAACUAAUUUUUUUCUAAUGGUUUUUAUUGUUUAUACAUUUUACUUGUGUUAGGCAAAUUUAUUAUAUCAAAACAUUCAGUUGAUAAGCAAUGCCAGUUUUAAAUAAACAAGUUGCAAAGUUACAGAAUAUAUACAAAGACAAUAGAAUAUAAUAGUUUAUUAUUUAGAACCAACAAAGUAUUUUCAAGUUUUUUUUUUUUUACACUGUAGGCGGUAAAUGGCGGAGGAUACCCUGAGGUAUACUUCUGAUAUAUAGCUAUGAUGGAUGUUACUCCUAUGCUGCACAGUUUAUGCUCUUUUACUGGAUCCUGCUCUAUGACAUAGCACAAGGGUCUAUGCUAUUCCAUUCAGCAAAAAAGGAAACUCCAACAUAACCUGUCUAAAUAAAAGCCAAAAUGUAAUUUUUGUUUGGCUUCUGUUGUGUCUACAGAUAUGUUUGCUGAAUGCGUUUAAUGAACACCACCUGAGCUGUACAUGCCCAAUUGAACAUUUCAUUAAUUAAUUAAUAACCCAGCAAGAGAAAUUCAGAAUUGAACAUGAAUAGUAUACCAUUUAGAAAAAAGAUCUUCGACUUUAAGCCCUAUUUAGAAAUCACUUGUUUUUUGCUGUUGAAAAUUACCGUAACAUUUUGUUUUGUGUUGAAUUGCAUUUUGUACUUAUUGCAUUUAUGUUAUUGUACUUUCGUUGUACGAACAAAAAUGUUAAAACUCUAAUAAAAAUUUAGUAAAGAAAAUUAAUAUUUUGUACAUAAAAAAUGUAUUACUCUCUUUUUGAAUUGUAAAUAAAUAGAAAUGGUCGCUACAGUUUGGUAGACUAUAGAAAUACGGCACUAUGGUGCUGGUUUUUGUGUUUAUACUUGAGUGUGAAGGAUGGAUUUGUUUUGUUACUGAAAAAUAAAGACAGGAGAAGCCCUG